AUGUCGUCUCAGUCCAACAGCGCCUUGAACACUGCCUCUGAGAGGCCCUAUACCUACCUCAUCAGUAUGAACGAUUUUGGACCAGGCUCUGUCCAAGGCAACGUAAGCAGCAAUGCAGCUCAAGGGCGUACUCAGGGAGUAGAGCCUUUGCUCGACGCUGAGUACGAAGAGUACACUCGACUCCAGUACACUGCCUUCCGAAGCAGCGGCGGCAUUUCAACCUUCAUUUUUCCAUCCGGGCUUCCAGCCGAUGCAAUGAGAUCCAUAGUGGAGAAAGGACAAAAGAAAAUGCACGAAAAGGAGAACGCAUACUACGCGAAAGUCGUAGACCAGGAGUCCAGGCAAAUAGUCGCAAUAGCCCAUUGGAAGCUGUUCACCUCGGAAAGAACGGCGGAAGAACAGCAGGCUUUGGAGAGAACAAGAACCCCGCUCCCUGGUGUGAACUUACUUGCCUGGAGAGACUACUAUGGGCAUGUCCAGGACAGUCGGUGUAGACUUGGGACAAGGCCCUGCUUGACUGUCCAUGUCUUCGCUACUCAUCCCGCUCAUCGUCGAAAUGGUCAUGGCGCAAUGCUUCUUGAGCACAUCCUCAGGCAAGCGGAUGAACACUGUCUCGAGACUUACCUGGAAGCCUCAGAGCAAGGCAAGCGUCUGUAUGCGAAGUAUAGUUUCCAGGCAAUCUAUGAGAAGGAGUUCAACUUGGCGAGGUAUGGGGGUUCUGGGGCAGACCGUAACACUAUCAUGAUGCGACCGGCGCAGAGACCCAGCGAUGCGACCAUCGAACGAACAGCAGGGGCACCACCUCUGAACAACACCUCCACCGAUGUUAGGGCCGCGGGCAUUGUGUAA